CCGAGGGGAGUGAGAGGGAGGAGGGGGAAGGCGAGGUGUCAUGGCGGCGCCGAGGCCUCCAGCAUCCGGCGGGCUGUUCGCCGAGAGCGUCGCGGCUACUCUGGGGUCAUGGCCGGCCUUGCAGAUCGCACUGGAGAACGGGUUUGGGGGAGUCUACGGGCAGCAGAAGGCGGACUGGAUGGUGACGGCUGUGGAGCGGUACUUUCUGGACAACGCGGACCUGGACAGAGUGGAGGUGGAGGAGCUGCUGGCCGAGCUGUUGGACAACGAGUUUGACACGGUGGUGGAGGACGGCAGCGUGUUGGAGGUGGCGGAGGAGAUCUGGACGACCUUUGCCCUGUGCCGGAGGGGUCAGGAGGCGGAGGUGAGAGGUCGCAUCCAGCGGCUGGUCCAGAGGAGGCGCAGCGUCAGGGUGGAGGCGGUGGCGGGGACGAGCGGGGCCGAGGGAGCCGGGGAUGAGGACAGUGAGGAGGAGGAGGACGAGGAGGACGGAGCGGAGGCCAUGGACUGCGAGAGCCAGCCCUCCCCCGGUCCCGGCUCCCACUGCCCAGCAGCUGCCCAGGGCCCGAGCGAGGAGAAGAGGGAGGCCACGGAUGAGUGGACGGUGGUGCGGCGCAAGAGGAAAUAG